AUGUUUGUGAACAAAAAUAUUUGGGCACUCGUUGAGCAGGAGCCGGAGGCUUUUCGACCCAGCCAGCUGCACGAUGUAACCUUCGUCAUCAACGCUUUCGAUUUUUUACAUACUGUUCUGCGCGACCAAAAGAUCAGUUACAUAUAUGGUGGCGAAUACAGUGAACUGGCUGUCAAAUUCGACGAAAUUCUCCGGAAUUUUCUGCGUUGCAAUUUGCGGCCCAUUUUUGUAUUUGGCGGAAUUGUCAAAAAUGACGCCGAACCCAAGUCCAGUAGACUCCUCCACCUCCGGAAGCAGGUCAUGUUUAUGGAGAAAUAUGUUGAAUCUGAGAUUACGGGCAGCGGAAGUUCUUACUUCAGUUCUAUCCCCGUCUUUACAAAAGAGACACUGGUCGGCGUAUUGAACAAUCUAAACAUCAAACAUGUUACCUGUGAUACAGAAACACUCGCUGCGUGUGUCAGCCUCGCAGCCUAUUUGCGUUGUCCAGUCGUUGCCGACGGCGCUGAUAUCCUGCUCUACGAAUUUGAGGAUCCUAUCGGUUGUGACUAUGCAGCGCUGGCCGACCAUUUUCCGCCAACGUGUGAACAGUUUCCUCUCCCACAGGGUGCACCACAUCCGCCGCCACGGAGUCAGGGAUCGGCAAUGGCGGCUGAAGAGGCAAAGUCUCACAUUGAUUCUCUUAUCACUUGGCUUUCACAAGUUUCUUCUCCCUUGGAUGUCUUUGAAAAAACCGUUUCUAUUCUCCUCAAAGAUCGUGCGACCCUCUUUAUUCAGCGCGCCUUUUACAUUGCGCGACUGCUCUCGCUGGACUUUGAUCAGGGCCAUCAACUCGCUAGCUUCUUACAGCUAUCAACCUCGCCUACGGAUGCCCUAAGGGUUCGCACGUCAGUUGACCUUAUCUCAUGGCUGAAUAACCGACGAGAUAGUCUUUUACCCAAGUUCAACUGGCUUUUUGCUGUGUUGGAUGCUGAGCUGGAGGCUAGCAGUGAAAUAAAACGCUUCCUUGCUUCCGUACCGGCUAAUUUUCUCCAUUUCUAUCGGUCUGGCUUAGUUUCACCUGUCAUGGUCGCCAGACUGUUUUCUGGUGACUGGAUUAUACAUCCCCUGGUUGAGGAUGCGGCCCAAUCCUCUGUUACGGACUGUUCUGCUGGUCUUCGGUUUUUACAGUACUGUCUUAAUCUCGGCUUUGCUGUUCAAUGUGGGCACUUCACCCUUGAGGAUGCCGCAACAAAAAUUGUGUCCGAGACCUCAAGGGCCGUCUCUGGUUCACUGAAAACGGAGAGCAUGCGCCUGAGUCCAUUCUUCCUUCCACUCAGCUCCAGUGCCAUCCAACAGCAUGAUGACCGUCUGCGUUCCCUCGCAAAUAGCCUUGAAUCCGAUGGGGCCUCUAAAGCGGCCCUUGGCACCCUAAGCAUAAAGACCGUCCACGACAUCAACCAGAUGCAGUUAAUUUAUAUGUCUCUCCUCUCCUUGGUGCGUAUGAUGGACCUGAUUAACUUCACAAAUGGCAGUGCGGCAUUUGGCAACAAGUCGGCAACUAAGGCC